GCAGUGUCUGUCAGUGGCGCCAGUACCUCGAAGCCGCUCAGCGCGUCUGACGUCACGGCCCAGCGGCCACCUGCUGCAGCCGUCAGCGAGGCGACUCGAGAGUCUGUUAAGAGUGAAGGAAUAGUGUUGAUCCAGGCCGGCUGCUCGCCAGAAUCCAUUCCACAGUGGACUUCACUGCUUUCACUAAACAGACGCCUGCAAAAUGAAGACAUCGUUGGCAGUCGCGUUGCUCGUGGCUAGCUUCGCAGCCACGUCCGUCAGUCACCACAUUUCCUGUAGGUCUCCGCACAUAAUUUUCAUCAUCGUCGACGACAUGGGUUGGAACGACGUGAGCUUCCACGGCUCUGACCAGAUACCUACCCCGAACAUCGACGCAUUGGCCUACCAUGGGGUCAUCCUCAACCAGCACUACGUGCAGGCCGUCUGCACGCCUUCCAGGGCAGCACUCAUGACGUCCAGGUACCCAGUGCGCAUAGGUAUGCAGGGUGUCCCAAUAUACGCAGCCGAACCGCGCGGCCUUCCCGAAGGCAAGAUCCUUCCGCAGUACCUGAAGGAGCUGGGCUACGUCACGAGGGCCGUGGGCAAGUGGCACCUGGGCUACCACAGGGCCGACCUGACGCCCACCUAUCGCGGCUUCGACUCCCACCUGGGCUACUGGAACGGCUUCGUCGGUUACUACGAUUACAUCCUGCAGGCCGGGAACCUCAACGGGUACGACCUACGGCGCAACAUGAGCACCGCGUGGGACCUCUCUGGGCGCUACGCCACCGACGUCUUCACAGAGGAGGCAGAACGGCUGAUCGGGGACCACGACACCCGGAAGCCGCUCUUCCUCUACCUGGCGCACCUCGCAAUGCACGCCGGGAAUCCAGCGAGGCUGCUGGAAGCGCCGCAGGAGUACAUCAGUCGCUUCGGCUACAUCUCAGACCCGAACCGCCGGGUGUACGCAGGGGCGAUGGCCAAGCUGGAUGAGUCCGUGGGGCGAGUGGUGACCGCGCUGGAGCGACGUGGCAUGCUAGAGAACUCCGUCAUCGUCUUCUCCUCAGACAACGGAGCGCCCACUAUUGGCGAGUACCCCAACUGGGGCUCCAAUUACCCAUUCAGAGGACUAAAGGAGACGCUGUGGGAGGGCGGGGUUCGUGUCGCCUCGCUGGUGUGGAGUCCGCUGCUGCAGAACACGCCCAGGGUGUCCCACCAGCUGAUGCACGUCACCGACUGGCUGCCCACGCUCUACUCUGCCGCCUGCGGUGACGUAUCCUCGCUGCCCCGUGACCUUGACGGCGUGGACCAAUGGGAGGCGCUGGUCAGCGGCUCGCUGUCUCGCCGCUCGGAGCUGCUGCUCAAUGCAGACGAGGCGAGUGAGACGGCCGCCGUCCGAGUCGGAGACUGGAAGCUCGUCAUAGGAACGCUGCAGAACGGGUCACUGGACGGCUUCUUCGGCGCCUCUGGGAGGGAGGACGCAGCCCGCACGCCGCCUUACGACCCCGAGGCCGUAGCCUCGAGCCCCUGCGGGCGCGCAGUGUCGCUAGCCGUGGGCGCCGCGACGCCUGUAGACGCCAUGGUGCGGCUGCGCCGCGACGCCACCGUCAGUUGCGCCUCCAACUCGUCGACGCCGCGGUGCGUGCCCAGGUCCAGCUACGACGCGUGCCUCUUCAAUCUGAGGGAGGACCCCUGCGAGCAGGAGGGCGUGGUGGCCGGUAGCCAGCCGCUCCUGAAAGACUUCCUGCUGGAGCGCCUCGUCGCCCUGCGGACGCCCUGGGUGCGGCAGGCAGACCUGCUGCUACAGAACUCACUUGCCGAUCCUGCCCACUUCAACAACACCUGGUCGCCCUGGACAGACUGCCUAUGGGACUACACCGAUUCUUUCUGCAACCACGUCUGAACGUCUUCCAUUUGAUCUGUACCUGGCUCUAUUUGGCGGACUACUUGAGGCGUACCUGGACUACCUGAGCAUCUACGACUUCAGCAGUAACUCGCCAACCCUCGGCGAACUUCUUUUGAAGUACUAGCUAGAUUCCUUAUGGGAUCAUAUCCGAGUGUUUCCAGUUUCAGUCACACAUACCUCCCUUGGCGGACUGUUAGAGGGACUACAUGCACUCCUUCUGGAUGCACUUCUACACCUUCAGCAACUCCUAAUCCACCUUGAGCGACUGCUUGAGAGAUUACCUCUACUCUUUCAAUUACAUCUUAACCCCUUCAACUUCAACACCAACCGACCCUAUUUAUUGGCUGCUUGAGGAAUUACCUGAACACCUUAUGCAAUCACACCUGAGUGUCUUAAGCUUCAAUAAAUGCUGCCCCAUCCAUCGCCUCCUUUUAAUGGACUAUUUGGGGGACUACCUGGAGUUCUUCUACAACACUACCUGAACUUAUCGACUUUCAACGAAACCUACCCAUCACCUCUCAUUGACGAACUACUUGAAGGAUAACAUGACACCUUCCACAACCAUGCCUCAGCGCCUCCAGCUUAAUACCUGCACUCUUUGAUGAAAUGAUUGAUGGACUACUUGAGCUCCUUAUGCAGUCACAUUUUCGUGCCUAUAAUAUCACCAUCUCAACUCCUUCUGCAAUCAUGUCUCCAGCAUACAGCGCUCCAGAUUUUUUGGCUAUGCAUACGUGGUACCCAACCAGACAGAGGAUAACCUCAGUCCUUCAUGUUCUCAGUUUAUAAAUAAAUCUCCAUAAUAUCUUAUCAAUUUCCCUCCAUUUUUCCAUGCAUCAGUAGUUAAUUUUUAGGCCGAUUCUCAUGAAAAAUCAGGGUACUUUGUACUUAAACUAUUUGAAUAUCAUUUAUUGUGGGACUAAAUCCUCUGUACUCUUCUUCAUUUGAAACUGAUUUUAUGCAAUGAAAUGAAAUAAAUGAAUUGAUCUGGAUGAAGGAAGUGAAGAAACAACGACGUGAAAUGAUAUCAGUGCAGAUCGUUCACAUAAGUUGAACUUAUGUUUAAUGAGUAUGUAUUUACAAGUAAAAAUUGUUACCACACUGGGGUUCGAAACCUGGAUUGAAAAGUAACGUAGGACCAUGACUCGAAUCAUAUCCUAAUCUUCGUAAGCGUUCAUUUUCAAAAAGUAAGCUGCCUGAGUAGGCUUCACGUUCGAGGCCAACUUUCAUUGGCGCUGAUUUUCCCAUCCGCGAUUUUCCAACUCUGAUACGACGGAUCCUCCUAUGGAGCUCUCUUCCUUCUCCAUUCCCAAAAUAUUGCAAUUUCCAUAAACCCAGUGACGGAAUCUUUAGUACUAGUAUUCUGAAAUUAAACACAGAAUCGUUACUGAUCCUGGAAGUUUGGUUAAGCCCUUGGGGCGGACUCAGUGUGGUAUAUUCUUUUAUGUGUUUAUCUAUUUGUUGUUUGUCUGUUGCCGAUGUAUUAUGCUCGCAGUAAAAGAUCGUAACAACGUGAUAAAAUUGUCUCUGGUAGUGCUGUUAAAAGAAUUACUGUUUGUUGCACGUAUGAAGAGUCUUGGGAGAGACGGCUGGAUAUUUUUACCAACUAUUCAUACAUGAGAUUGCAGGUUCGAGUGCUGUUGUCCACGUCUCUUCCCGUACACGUCGCAUUCAAUCUGAAACAAUUCUGCUAUUUCAAUACUUCCAAAAAUACUGAUAAAGGUCGUGACGCUCACCUUUGUUCUCAUAAAAUAAUAACGGUUUAUUUUGUCUCUUGUACAAUUCUCCACAUAACAUCAAAAGAAGUGAACAGAAAACUCUACUUACUCUUAGUUACGAGUAAAACCACAGAGAGAGUAAUAUCCCGAGUCAACGAUAUAAUUAUCAUAGAGUCUCUCAGAUAACGUCUUUGCCACUUAGCUUUCUCACAGUCGAUUCGGUACAUUACAUGUUU